AUGGUGGUAAAACCUAUUCUCAAUGACCUUCAUGGCACAGCCAAUUCUGAAAGCGAACCCAUAGAGCCGAGCAGUGUAGUAACCGACCUCAAUGGCGUUCAUCUAGCUAACUCGGUUCUCCACCCAAGGCUCCUGCAUCUUGGUCGCAGGCAUUAUCGAAUCAACGAUCAUGCAGCAGAGCCGGUUGCUCCCAUUGGUCAGCUUGACGAACGUUGCCUCGAGGCCGAUGAUUCUGCUGACAUUGGGGAUGAAUCAGCCUACGAGCUUGGUUGCACCAUAUCAGCCGAUGAGCGCGGUUUUGUUGCUGACCUCCGCAUUCCCUAUUCAUUCCAUCGCCACAUCCUCGGAUUUCGUCGAACAACACUGACACAAAUUCAAACCGAGUUUUUCUGUCGUGUUCUAGUUCCACCGGCUGAAGCCCACUCUCCGAAGAUUACCAUCAUGGGAGCAUCUCGUUCUGGAGUUAUCGGGGCUAUCAGACGUAUACGAUGGGUCUACCGAAAUGCUCGUUCCAGAUCUAAGCCUACUCAUUUUCUUUGUCUGCCUGCCAACUUGGAUGAAAUCAAACUCAAUUACGAGGCGUUCCGUUGUAAAGUUUUAGAUCGCAUCAAAGACAAAGAUAACUCGGAUUUCGCCGGUGUACAUAUUCGCCUUUUUCAAAGUCCAGAAACCAUGCAUUUUACAAUCGUUCCGCUACUGUUGGCAGAUGAUGAGGAAAUUAAUCGUGCCCUAAAUCUUUUAAAGGAAUACACAGAGUCUUCUGAAGGCCAGCAAGCUCUUUCCGCUGGUCCUUUUCGGCUUUCAAUUCGAGGUUUAGAAUACAUGAAUGAUGACCCAAACGCUGUGAGGGUGUUGUAUGCCAAGAUUGCUCCGUCCCGUGAGAGAGAUCGAUUUCAGCAAGUGUCCAACAGUUUGGCCAAACUAUUUGAAGAUCAUGAUUUGACAUGUGGCAAAAUUGAACGUCCACAAGGAGAUGUCUUGCUUCAUCUGACCGUGCUUAAUGCCGCUUUUGCAACUGAAUCCUCCGAAUCUGAUGGUCAGUUCAGCGUGGUUGGCAUACUACGCGAAUUUGGGGACUUUACUUUUGCCAACGACAAACUAUUCGACUGCAUCCACUUGUCCACUAGGGGCAGCUAUUCGGAAACUGGUUUCUAUACCGAAUGCGGCCGCAUUAGUCUUGCAGAUUCCCGCGUGGCUGUGCUUGAUUCGAGAAAUACAAAAACCUGAUUGUUUUUUUGUGUCACUGUCUUCGCGUUUCUGGUGAACAUUUGUCCACCCUAGUCUUCAAUUUUGAGUCUGUUUUUUGGGAUCUCACAGUAGUCGCCUUCGUUCUUACCCUUAUUUUUCGUAUAUUACUAGAUUAUCCUG